GCUGGCCGCGGGCCCAUGAACAGUAGGACACUAGGGACUCUGGCAGUGGGGAGAGUGAAAUUCUUCCGCCGGCACCGCGGCGAGGUCAACUUCUCUGCUUUCUCCCCGGAUGGCCAGACGCUGCUCACGGCCUCUGAGGACGGCUGUGUCUAUGGCUGGAAAACCCAGAGUGGGCGUCUGCUGUGGAGGCUGGGUGGCCACACAGGCCCUGUGAAGUUCUGCCGCUUCUCCCCUGACGGCCGCCUCUUCGCCAGCACCUCCUGCGACUGCACCAUCCGCCUGUGGGAUGUGGCAGAAACCAAGUGUCUGCAGAUAUUAAAGGGUCACCAGCGGAGUGUGGAAACAGUCAGCUUCAGUCCCGACUCCAAGCAGCUGGCAUCGGGUGGCUGGGACAAGCGGGUGAUGCUCUGGGAGGUGCAGUCUGGCCAGAUGCUGCGCCACUUAGCAGGGCACCGAGACUCCGUCCAGAGCAGUGACUUCGCACCCAACUCAGACUGUCUGGCCACUGGCUCCUGGGACUCCACCAUUCAUAUCUGGGACCUUCGGGCAGAAACCCCAGCAAUCUCCCACCAGAAGCUGGAGGGUCACACUGGCAACAUCAGCUGCCUGUGCUACUCAGCAGCAGGCCUCCUGGCAUCUGGGUCCUGGGAUAAGACCAUCCACAUCUGGAAACCCACUACCAGAAGCCUGCUUGUCCAGCUCAAGGGCCACAUCACCUGGGUGAAGAGCAUAGCGUUCUCCCCGGAUGGGCGGCGGCUGGCCAGUGCUGGCUACUCCAAAAUGGUCAAAAUCUGGGACUGCAACACGGGAAAGUGCAUCGAGACCCUGAAGGGAGCCCUGGAUGUGGCCCACACCUGUGCCUUCACCCCAGACGGGAAACUUUUAGUGUCUGGAGCUGCUGAAUAG